AUGAAAUUUUCUUUUUUUUCAGUAAGGGAUAUAUUUAAAAUUAGAAAAAGUUAUUUUUAUAAUGAAACCAAAGUAAAGUUGUAUAAUAGUAAAAAAAAAAAGGAAAUUAUUGUUAUACAUCCUGUAUUAAAAGGUGCAAAAAAAUAUAAAAAUUCAUUUGAUGAGACAAUUCUAGAUGCUCAGGAAGCUUUGGGUUUAGCUAGAUCAGCUAAUUUCAAAAUUGCGAAUGGUAUUUCUAUGCCUUCAGGUGGAUGGAAUAUAAAAUAUAUAGAUAAAUAUAAUAAAAAAGAAACAAUACAUUCAUUUAAAACUAAUAAUAGUGAAAUAAGAUGCUCAAUUAAAAACAAUGAAAAUGAAGAAAGUUAUUUGAAUAAACAUAUGACAAAAAAUUUUAGGGGUGAAAAUGAAAAUUAUGAAGUGAAAAAUAGUUCAAGUGUUAGUUGUUCUAUUAACCUAGAUUGCAAAACAAAAGAAAUGAUGGAACAAGGUAAUGAUAUAAAAGAGGAUACAAAGAAGGAACUAUGUAAAAAUAGUAGUAAUAAUUGUAAUAAUAAUAAUUAUAAAUACUUAGAUUAUGAAGAAAUAGAAAAAAAAAUUGCAGAAUCAAUUAUAAUUAAAGCUAAUAAAAUAGAUAAUAAGUUUUAUUUUGGGAAAGGAAAAUUAAAUGAAUUAUCAAAAUAUUAUCUUAAAAAUCCGACACCAUAUAUAUUUAUUAAUACCUUGUUAUCACCAGAACAAUUUCGUAAUUUAGAUUUUAUGUUUAAUAGUUUAUUAAGGAGUUUUCAUGAUGAAUUAAAAUUAAAUAAUAAAAGACAAAAUGAAUUAAGUGAAAACUCGAUUAGAUUAACAGACAUUAUUCAAAACAAUUCUACUAUUCAGGAAAAUUUAUAUGAAAAUGAAAUGUAUUUUGAUUUAUACAAUAGUUAUUUAGAAAAAGAAGAAGAAGAAGAAGAAGAAGAAAGAGAAGAGGAUGAAAUGGAUGAUGAAUAUGAAGAUGAAAAUUUAUACGAACAAGAUGAUGAGGAACAUUAUGGUUAUAAUAAACAAAUAGAUCAUAAUUAUAAAAGAAAAAAAGGGAAUAGUAUACCAUUAUAUGUAGAAUUAUUCGAUAGGUAUAGUAUCAUUUUAUAUAUAUUUAAAAGUAGAGCAAAAAGUAAUUUGAGUAAAUUACAAUUGGAAUUCGCAAGAGCAAAUUUUAUUUUUAAUACAUAUUCAGAAGAUAGUAGAUCAAGGAUGAAAUAUAUAAAAUAUAUUGAAAAUAAUGUAUUAGGAAAAUCAAGUUCGGAUUAUGAAGAAAAGUAUAACAAAUUAAACACAUUUGAAAUAAGAGAAAAAAAAAAAAAAAAAAAUUCUGAUUACUUGGGAUAUACAAGUAAUUAUAUAAAAAGCAAUGAGACCUACAAGGAAUAUGAAAAAAGAAUUAUUAAUAAUCUGUAUAGCAAAUUAAAAAAAGAAUUAAUAAAAUGCAAAAAUAAUACAAAUUUACAAAGCAACUCAAGAAAACAUAAGGCUUUAAUAGCUAUAGUAGGUUAUACAAAUGUAGGUAAAACAAAGUUAAUUAAUUACUUAACAAAAUCUAACUUAAAAGCAAAAAAUUUGCUUUUUCAAACGUUAGAUAAUUCAUAUAAAAAUUUGAACAUAUCCGAAUGUUAUUCAACUAUAUUUAUUGAUUCCAUUGGUUUUAUUCAAAAUAUUCCUUAUUCUUUAUAUGAAUCGUUUAAAUUAUCUCUAGAAGCAAUUAAAACAGCUGAUAUAAUUAUUCAUGUUAUAGAUGUAACUCAUCCUUAUAAAGAAAAACAUAAGAAAUGUGUUAUUGAUACAUUAAGCAAUAUAGGAAUAUCAAAUGAAUUUAUAAAAAAUAAUGUUGUAGAAGUAUGGAAUAAAAUAGAUAAAUUAACAGAUGAGCAAAUAUUAAACUUAUAUAAAAAUAAACCAAAAAGUGUUUUACCAAUUUCAGCAAAGAGUGGCACAAAUUGCGAUAUUCUUAUAAAAAUAAUUCAGAAUAUAGUUAAUAAAAUAAAAGAUGUUAACAUUUUAACUCUGAAUUUUCCAACAAAAGAAGCUAGAAAUAGAAUUAAUUAUCUUAUGAAGAAUUUUAAAGUUAUUCCUAAUUCAAUUUCUUAUUCCGAUGAUGGUAAUACAACUUUUAUUAAAUUAGUUGAAAACCCCCAAAAUCUAAAAAAAUACCAUGAAAAAUUCGAAUACUAA